AUGCUUAACUAUAUAAAAGUUUAUCACAUGAAUUCUAACAAAUUCAAAAGAUUUAUAUCUAUUAACUCAUUUAAUAUAAACAUAAUGAAAAUACCUAAAUCUGUAUUAGGUAUGCGUAUUGAUAUUUAUUCGUACAAGAAAAACAAUAUCUACUACUUUAUUAAUCAUAAAUCUAUUGAUGCUAUUAAAUAUAAAGAUGUUAUUAAAUAUUUACAAAAGGAUGAAACAUUUGAUGAAUACAUCACAAAAUUAAGAGAUUACCUACCUAAAUAUUUUAAAUACUUAAAAGAUAAUAUUGUUUCUUAUAGAGGAUUAAUUGAUUUUUAUUUAAAGACUAAUGAUUUGGAUAAAAUUGAAAAGAUUACAAAUAAACCUACAAAUAUUUUAGAUCAGUAUGAUUUUUAUAUUAAGAAUAACCCAGUCCUUAGUUUAGAAGAUACUUGUUUUAAUUUAUCUUUUAAUGAAAUUAGUUUAUUAUUAAGAGACAAUGAAAGUAUAUACAGUGAUGAUUAUAAGAUUUAUUUAUUGCUUUUUGUUUGUAAUAAUUAUAAACUUAGUAUAACUAAAACAUUAAUAAUUUUGUAUAAGUGUUUAGUUGAGUGUGAUAAACACUGUUAUAAUGAGUUAAAGCAAUACUUAUUAGAUAGAAUUAAGAAAGUAGAUAAAUAUAAUUUGUUGUCUGAUAUUAACAAAAAUAAAUCUAUUAAAUGGGAUAUAAAACUAAAAACAGGGAAUAUUAUUUAUAAUACUGAUAAAUAUAAAUAUGAAAAGAUGAUUUUUAUCGACUAUCUUUUAUAG